AUGUCUCGCCCCCCUCGUCCGAAUCUAAAAGGAUAUGGCCUGCUCCAGGCCAACGUGAACCACUCUCCACAUGCACAGGAUCUGCUCCAACAGAGCAUGGUGGAGAGGGGGUUCACGUUGGCGAUCGUGGCCGAGCCCCACCGCCCCCCAAGAAGCAGCCCAUAUUGGGCUGUUGGGCAGGCGGGGGACUCGGUCGCGAUCCGAUGGCGGUCGGUGCCGGGAGGGCCCAGCACGACCCCCAUCGAAAGUGGGGAACGGCACGUAGCCGUACAGUGGGGGCCCAUCGCGGUCGUGGGGGUUUAUUUGAGGCCCACCAGACGCCUUGCCCCGUUCAAGGGCUGGCUAUCGGACUUGGGACAGACGGUCCUACAUCUGAGUCCGAGGCCGGUCCUCGUGGCCGGGGACUUCAACGCGUGGCACACGAGUUGGGGUUCCCGGCACGACAACGCGAGGGGCAGGGCUCUGGACGAGUGGGCGGCGGCGCACGGGCUGGUCCUAGUGAACGAGGGCCGGACCUCCACCUGUGUGCGGACGCAGGGGGAGUCCAUUGUGGAUCUCACAUGGGCUACCCCCUCGGCCGCGCGCCUGAUAACCGAGUGGAGGGUGGAGCGGGACAUCGAGACUCUGUCUGAUCACCGUUAUAUAACGGUGGAGCUCGGUGUCCUCUCCCCCGUGCGCCGCCGAGAGGAGACGCGACCGCGAUGGGCCCUCCGGACACUCCGCGAGGACGACCUGAUGGCCUCGAUUGAGGCCGCCUGUUGGCGGCGUGUAACGCUGCGAUGCCCCGGUCCAAAGCUCGACCUCAGCGGGCCGUCUACUGGUGGACGGCAGAGAUCGCCGACUUGCGUCGACGCGCCGUCCGCCAGCAGAGGAGACUCGCCCGCUGCAGGCGCGGGAGCGAACAGGCGGCCGAACAAGCAAGAGAGGACUAUCUUGAAGCCAAG